AUGUCCCUUCAUGAUACGCGGGACUCAAAUGUUCAGAUGGACACUAGCUCCCUCCAAUCGCCAUCGAAUACCCUUUCUCUAGGUUACCCACCUCUCGUUCCUCAACGCCCUGAGGAUCCUCUCAUACAAAAUACCAUGUCUCAUACUCCGCGUGAAGCUAUUUCCAUCUUCCAACGACCGGCGGACCCUAACGCUCUCCACCUCUCUCUUGCAGAUACCUCUCCUUCCACUGGAAUGCAUUCAAUGGAUGUACUUGAUACAAACACCUCAUCGCGUGCACCAGCACCUGGCUUUAUUUCUGAUUUUCCUUGUCGAAAUAUCUCAUACGGCUCAAUGUCGCGAAUGGAUAGUCAUCUUGCCCUUCACUCCCCGCAAAGCGCGACCUCGGGCUCCAGCGGUCCUUCAUCUGCCGUCCAUGGCGUGUCAUCUGCAUAUGCCAUGAAUACAUCGUCCAUCAUGGUCAACGGACAGUCUAUGAUUCAAUCUGUGCAUACCGGAGCGCUGGAUUCUUCUGGGUCUCCGGGGGCUUUGGGUAGUUCAGUUUCUGAGCUGGCGUUUCCCCCUUUAAGCAAUAGCUCAUCAAAGCCCACACAAGACCCAGGUUUUAUCUUUCCCCCCCCAGACAUACCUGAUUCGUUCACUGGGCGCGACAGCUCGCCAGAGACACCCGGCGACUCACACUUACUGGUCGUCGGAGACAUACUCAAAACUAUUGCGCACACCGCGCAAUCAGCAAGUACAGCAUGUUCUCGUGGUCAGGGUCUUGAGGCCAACGUCAGAAUUGAUGAGCUCAAGAAGACUAUUACAUUGGUCUCUGAGCUUAUUGCUGCCACAAAAAUUGCGGAUACUCCAGCCAUAUCACGUAAUCCUUCGCCUCGACGCUUUUCUUUGUUGGGCGCAAAUUCCAACGUUUCCCCGUCCACACAUGGCGCAGUUCCUUUAACGCAAGAGCAAUUGGCGUCGGGCAUGCACUUUUCCUCUGCAGCAGACUUAGGUACUAUGGAUGGUCAAAGUAAUGGUGAUCUUGCGGACAUGUCUCGGAAACGAUGUGCUUCAUCAAUGGCUGGUGACCGUCCUCCCUCAUCUACGGAAUUCAUUUCAACGUCACCGCUAUCGACAACCAUGCCACAUUCUGCUCAUUUCCCCCCUCCCCCCACCGUCCGGACCUCGUGGUCGGACAGUGCUGCCACAUUACCUCAUCGCAGCCAUCAGCAUUCACUUUCGGGUAGUUCUCUCAACGCCGGCAUCAAUUUUCAUUCGAUACCCAGCAAUGGCUCGUCUCUUGGACCACUCCCAUUUUCAACAACCGGAACAUUCCCUUCAUCAUCUUCACAGCCACGUUCUCUCACGAAUACCGGCUCGGGCAUUACCCCGCCGAUUGGCAGAGUUUCUAGAUCUAGUUCUUUCACGACUAGCAAUGUAAAUCCAUUGGCGUUCGGAAUAUCCGAGGUAACUCCCUCCAAUGCCCUUGAUUUUUUGAAUUCAGCACCUACUGCACAAUCGCUUGGGUCGCAUAGUCCAACUUCAUCUCUUGAAGGAGAACAUGACGAGUCCGAUGUCUCUCACAGCCCGCCUGAGUCCUCGGGAUUGAGGAUGACUUCUCACCAUUCAAGUUCAUCUCGCACUGUCGCGGGGCAUGACGUCCGUUCUCUCGUUACACGACAAUCUACAGAGAAUUUGUCUCCGACAUCAACGCAAGGGCACAGCAAUGAAGUUCCGCAAGAGUAUCGCGCGGAAGUUGACCGUAUCUUCUUCGAGUUCUUGAACAGUAUCUGUUCAAAUUUGGAUGCCACCGAUGCGAAAGGGGAGCCGAUACAUCAAACAUUAAUGGCAAAGAAAAUGCAACGUCUAGAUGAGUCACCUGAUUUUCGACCAUUUAAAUUCCGGAUACAGGCUUUCACAAAUGCAUUUUUGGAAGAGAUCCGCAACUACCUGUGGAACCAACCGUAUAUCUCGCGCUUCAACGAGGAUGGUAAAAAGACCAAGUCUAAGGGUAAUCAUAUUUGGAACAUAGAUGCAAAGAAGAGCCCUCAUGAUGGCACUUGGACUUUUCGCCCUUUCCAUCGGAAAGUAGCUGGCUCGCCGCCUGGUGUUGCUUACGUUGGCCUUCGGUGGUCUUGGGCACCUCGUAUAUGGGAUCCACAGGCGUCGCGAUCGAACUUGAUAGUUACGUAUGCAUCGCCGUCCCUCCCAUCAUGGCUAUUUUGGGAAGACGAUGUGCUGUCAGGAACACCUCCCCCGGAUGCAGAGAGCUGUGACAUCACGGUUGUGGCCCGUUAUGUUCAAGAUGGGCAAGAAGAGCUGCUGUCGCAGACCUUCCAUCUUAAUAUUGUGCCUGUCUCGAACCUUGACACCUCGUUCUCUGCCUCGCGUCGCGGUUCUAUGAAUGGGGAGAUGCACAAGCCACGUCGUGUGGCAACUGAUUCCACAGUUCCUCAGGCAUCUCCCAGGCCGUUAAGGUCCCAACCAUCGUCUGGUGGUCUGGUGUCACCAGUUGCCACGCGUGAUGCGCAAGUGAUUCAAGUGCUGACGUCAGCUGCUCAGCGUGUCGCUCAAGAAGCUCAGUCUCAAAUAAUCUCUUCCGCGACACCAGGCGAGCCCGGCCCUGAGCUGCAGGCCCUCGCGAAGCAACAGCAUGUGUUAACAAUUACCGCACAAGCGUUCGACCAAGAAGUGACUGGUCAACAACGGUCGGAGAUUGGCCCACAGGCAACUACUGUGUUAGCAGCAGCGGCACAACAGGUCGUAUUCCAGGCCGCACGCCAAGUAGUUGCGGAUCGCUCUGCCGCUGUUGCGAGUCAGAUCUCCGCGGGUUUCACUCCCCCACCUGAUGCUGCUACACAGGUGACUGUUAAUGAAGUGUCAGUUGCCACGCAAUCAGCCGUUGCACAGGCUGUCGAAAUCACUGGACCGUUAUCCAACGAGGUUGACGUCCUGAUGACGGCAAGUUCCUUGUUGCAACAACAGAUUAGAGCUCCAGUAAGUCCAUUUUCAGCGAUGUUCGAUUCCGCUCAACGAUCAAUGCCCAUGAACUCUUCGCAUUCCCACUCUGCCGGAACACUACCUCUAGCCCCAUCAUAUCCAGCAACCAUGACUGCUCAAUCCAGUGUUGGUGUCGUUCAUUAUCCAUCCGCUAUGUCUUCUGGUAGCUUGUCAGACUUUGGUCAACUAUCAUGA